ACUGCAGAUCUCUUAAUUUCAGGGGGAAUGUCCUCAGCAAUCAUUAACGUGUCCUGAUCUGAAAAGAGCUCUUUGCUCUGCUAAGAUUAAACUCCUAACAAAUGAGAAUGAGAUAUCUUGUAUUUCUUCUCCUUAUUGGGCUUCCAGGUGCACUUUAUGCUCAAAGAGCAGCUCAGCCUUGUUCUGCUCCCAGUCUAGAUGGUGGUUAUUUUGUCCCAGAACAAGAAAGUUAUUCUCAUGAAUCUGAGAUUUCUUACACCUGUGACAGUGGACGCAAACUAGUAGUGGAGGGAUGGUGGGCAACAAGCACAUGUCAGAACGGAGCAUGGUCUCAUGAGCCACAAUGUAUAGAUGAAAAAGCCUGUCUUUCCCUUGAGAUACCAAAUGGAAAAUAUAAUAAAAGACGAACUGGCUGGUAUCGCGAUAGAAGCACAAUCAGGGUUACAUGUGAGGAGGGGUAUGAACUGAAAAACCUGCACGCCACAGCCAUCUGUUUGAAUGGAGCCUGGUCGUCUGUGCCUGUGUGUGAGAUCAGUAUCAAUUCAUGCGGUGUACCCCCAAAAAUCCCUCAUGCGGUCAUCAUUGGUCAGAGAUAUCAGAAGGUGUUUCCUGCUGAUUCAGAGCUUCAGUAUGAAUGUCAAGUUGGAUACACUGUGGAGAAUGCAGGGAGUAAAAAAUCCAUCAUCUGCAUUGCUGGAAACUGGACUGAAGGCCCAACAUGCAGAUCUUCUACCACCUCUGGAUUUAUUGAUAGUAUACCCACUUUUAUACCAGUUGACCAAUGUGGAGUCGCUCCAGUUAUUCAAAAUGGUAUUCUUGUGCAAGAACACAGAAUGCAUUUGAAAUACCAGUGUAAUGCUUUUUACACACUAGAGGGUCCAGAUACUGUGACGUGUUACAGCGAUCAAACCUGGUCAGAACUUCCCCAAUGCAAAGAGGCUUUCUGUGUUCUGGAUCUUUCUCUGUAUAGUGUUAAUGGGCUUCAGGAGACUGGAAAACAGUUUGUGAGGGAAGGAGAGACGAAGGAGUUUGCAUGCAAUUUGCGACUCUACACAAGCCGUUUUACGUGCACUGAUCGGAGAAUAACCUACACCAAUUGCUGUAAUUCAAGGGAUCACCAUUAUGGAUACUGUCUGAAGUGGAACUGAUGGUGGACUGCCAACAAAAUAUGAAGAUGGAAGCUUAAGAAAAACCUACAUCAGAAAAGAAGCUCUAAAACACACAUGAUGACACAUUUAUCACUUUUCUAAACCAGAUUUUUUCCUGUUUUGUUUAAAAUCAAUGAGAUUUUGACAGUCUGCUCUUUCCUUACGAUAGAAACUCUAAACGCAGUUUUAACAUGAAUCAUACAAAAUAAAGUUUACGCGCCCCUCUGUUA